AUGAGACCUGCAGAACAGAAGAAAAGAAGGGAUGAGACAAUAGAUGACCCAACAAAACGAAACAAGAUUGAAUUCUACUAUUAUCUCUUAGAUAUAGUAAUCACAUCUUUGGAUGAGAGAUUCAAUCAACUGAAAGCUCAUUGUGAUUAUUUUGAUUUUCUCUACGACAUUGACGAGCUGAAGAACACACCUCCUGACAACCUGGACACAAAGUGUAGAAACCUUGCAGCGAUUUUGCAAGAUCAUGAGUCAAGCGACAUUUAUGCACUGGAGUUGAGAGAUGAACUAAAAGUGCUUUCAACAUUGUUGAAACCUGGAAUAGGUCCCAAAGAGAUUCUGAAGUUUAUGGGAAGACAUAAUUUUUGCCCGAAUGUUAACAUUGCUCUGAGAAUUCCCUUAACACUCUCAGUGACAGUUGCGAGUGGAAAGAAGAGUUUCUCAAAACUGAAAUUGAUAAAGACAUACCUCUGA